UUUGCUUCCUUGUCUCUCCCUCUGUCUCCCUCCCUCUCUCACCUCUCCUAUCUUCUCCAUAUAUACUUCAUCUUCACACCCCAAAACUCCAAACACAAUCUCUCUAUCCCUCCCUCUCUGCAAAUUUUCCAAAGUUGCAUCCUCUUUUCAAUAUAUUUACAUCUCUCCAAUCCAAUUCACAUUUUCUUCUAUUGCAAGCUAAUAAAAAAUUAAACCCACAUCAAAAGAUCUAAACAUUGUUUGAUUUGAACCAUACCAUAUUACCAUGGAUCCUUCAUUUAGAUUCAUUAAAGAGGAGUUUCCUACUGGAUUUAGUGAUUCUCCAUCACCUCCAUCUUCUUCUUCUUCCUCUUACUUAUAUUCAUCCUCCAUGGCUGAAGCAACCCCAUAUGAUCCAACAACAUUGAGCUAUCCACAACCAAUAGAAGGUCUCCAUGAAUCAGGGCCACCUCCAUUUCUGACAAAGACAUAUGACUUGGUUGAAGAUUCAAGAACCAAUCAUGUUGUGUCUUGGAGCAAAUCCAAUAACAGUUUCAUUGUCUGGGAUCCACAAGCCUUUUCCGUCACUCUCCUCCCAAGAUUCUUCAAACACAAUAACUUCUCUAGCUUUGUCCGCCAGCUCAACACUUAUGGUUUCAGAAAGGUGAAUCCGGAUCGAUGGGAGUUUGCAAAUGAAGGGUUUCUUAGAGGGCAAAAGCAUCUCCUCAAGAACAUAAGGAGAAGGAAAACAAGUAACAAUAGUAAUCAGCUGCAACAACCUCAAGGUUCUGAGCAACAAUCUCUAGACAACUGUUGCAUAGAAGUCGGUAGGUAUGGUCUAGAUGGAGAGAUGGAUAGCCUAAAGCGAGACAAACAAGUUCUAAUGAUGGAGCUAGUGAGACUGAGACAGCAACAGCAAAGCACCAAGAUGUAUCUCACAACGAUUGAAGAGAAGCUCAAGAAGACGGAAUCAAAACAGCAACAAAUGAUGAGUUUCCUCGCCCGCGCAAUGCAAAAUCCGGAUUUUAUUCAGCAGCUUGUCGAGCAGAAGGAGAAGAGGAAGGAGAUCGAAGAGGCGAUCAGCAAGAAGAGACAAAGACCAAUCGAUCAAGGGAAAAGAAAUGUGGUUAAUGUGGGAGAUUAUGAUGAUGAAAGUGGUUAUGGUUACAAUGCUGCAGCCUCAACCUCGGCGUUUGUUGAUAUGAAUCAAGAAACAUAUGGAAACAUGUCUCAACUCGAGAUGUCGGAGUUGGACACACUUGCUAUGCACAUUCAAGGACUUGCAGAUCAUUCCACUAGGGAAGAAUUCUUGAAUGUGGGAAAAGGAAAUGAAGAGGAAGACGAAGAUCAACAACGAGGGUACCAAAAGGAGAAAAUGGAGAUUUAUGGUGAAGGCUUUUGGGAAGAUUUGUUAAAUGAAGGUCAAAAUUUUGAUUUUGAAGGAGAUCAAGAAAAUGUUGAUGUGUUAAUUGAGCAACUUGGUUAUUUGGGUUCUAACUCACACAUUAGUUAAGAAGAAACUGAAUGAAGACUACUUGAUUCCUAUUAGUAAUUCGGUUUUGUUUCAAUUAAGUGAGUCUACGACUAACUAAUUGAGUUUGGGGGCUAAAUCCUUUUCAGCUUGUUUCAUUUAACUUAUUUUUUGGUAAUAAAAUUGUUUUUUAUUUUAAUAUAAUAAU